UUUCAAGGCAGCGAGCGGCAUCUCGAGUUAAAGCUGCUGCUGCUGCCAGCACCUGCGGCCUCCACCGGACUGCACUUUGAGUUUCACUUGCUGCUCAGCAUGCUGCCAAUUGUUGUUGGUCAGCCCCUACUCGCACCUCAGCAGGACGCCUAAACAUUGUGCAAUGUCCAGACAGCAGCCAUGUCCAUGUCGGAACGCAACACGCCCAGCCUUGCGUCUACUUCGGCGUCCACGUCCACGCCCACGCAUCGCCAGCAACGGCCGCCGGACGUUGAGGAGGCGCUCUCCUCAAUGCUCUGGACUCCCUACGAGCGCACCAACGCUAUGCCGAGCUCCUCCUCGGACGAAGAGGACGAUGAUGAUGAGCGACUCAAUCGCCAGCUGCGCAAAUCCUUCAGCAGCUAUGAGACAACUGCCUUGAGCUAUCAAGCACCGGCUACGCUUCCGCUACCGCUUCCGCCGUUGUCGUUGCCGUUGCCAUUGCCGUUAUUUCAAGCACCAGCUCCAGCUUCACUACCAACAACUGCAGUCGCAGCACUUUCUGUGCCUUUCUCCCCAUAUAGUUUAAGCGCCGCCAAGACGAGCCGCAGUCGCAGCCAGAGUCGCAGCAAUCGCUAUUCGUAUCCGGCGUACUAUGGCAGUCCGGCGCAUACACUCCAAUGGUGUUCCUCGGCGGCUACGGCCAUAAAGGAGCCGCCCUCGUAUGAGUCGCUCUAUAAGCUUAAGGACGCCUCCAGCGUGGGCGUGGCAUGCGCAAGCCUGGCUCGCGCACAGCCACACCAAGUACUUUGUGAUAGAUCGCAACGAUCCCCAGCAACAAGAACUACAACAACAGCUGAUCAGGUUGAUAUCAAUGAUGAUGAUGAUAAUGAUGCAGACGAAGAUCAACAACAACUAACGGAAAAUGUUCCAAGUCAGCGCUUGGCGCGCUCCUUUACAGAUGAUUAUAUAGCGCAGAACUGCGCAGCAGUAAAUACAAAGACAACGAAUGCAAGAUCACAACAAAGCGCAGAAAAUCAAUGCGACAGCAUAGCGAACUGCAUUAUCAAUGAAGACAGCGACAAAGACAGCAACAACAACAACAACAACAACAGCAGUAGCAGCGAUGCGCAAGAGAUGGCAAACGAGGAAACAGGCAUUGCAAUUGCAGUCGCAGUGCAGGUCAAUCAACCUGUUUCCUGUGCUGCGCUUGCUGUCGCAGCAGAACUCAAUCACACACGCUCAUUCACUCACAAUUCCACUCAAAGCGUGAGCGCAAAUGCUCUCAGCGCUGCUGCUGAGCGCACGCCCGUAGUUUCUCAGCGAGAGCGCAACGAUAGCAGCUGCUCAACUCAAACUCACUCGCCAGCAGCUGCGAUCAGUCUCUCGAGUUCGUUCGGCGCGUGUACAACGAGUGCGCAUUGUAGCGGCAGCGGCGUCGCAGACUUUGAAAGCAACUGUAAUUUGUCGAAUAUUUCGUGGCUGUCGCGUGGGCGCUACAGUUACAGUUAUAACGCGUUUGAUAGCAGCAGCAGCAGCGGCGCCGGCGUCGUCAGCGGCAACCUGCGUCCCAACAAAUGUUUGGCAGAACUCGAGCGUCUCUAUGCCGAAUUUCGCGCGAGUGAAAGUCUCUUGGAGCAGCGCCUAGGCCAAGUGCGAAGCGAACGUGACAGCGAUACGCAAACGAUGCGUUUGAAUGUGGCUGCUGAGCUGCCGGCUGCGCCAACGGCAACGGCGACGGCAGCAACGCAAACAGCAACAACAACAACCACUGUGGGAAGCAGCAUUUUCAUAAAGCCUAGCAGCAACCACAACAGCAACAACAGUGAGAGCAGCAGCAAAGCCAAAAGCAUCAGCAACAUUGCAAUAUUGCCAGCGACAACAGCAACAAAGUCCUGUCAACGUCAGCCAAGUCUAACGAUACAAGUGAACAACAACAGCAGCAGUAAUAAUAACGGUACUAAUAACGGUAAUCAGGUUUGCGUUGCAGCGCCCACAACAACAACAGCAACAGCUACACAAGAUACAAGCAUUGUCAACAACAACAACGGAGUUUGUGUGGUGAAUUGCAACUACAGCAGCAACACCCACUCCAAUAACAACAACAACAACAACAACAAUAGCAUUGUUGCUAUUAAUAAUUGUGUGCCAGGUAGCAAAGUGUUUAGUGCAAGUGUACAAAAUAAUUUAAAUAAUAAUAAUAAUGCCCAAGUGGAUGUGCAACAUGUUGCUGCCAGUGUCAGUGCCAACAAUAAUAACAGUGCUGAUAACAACAACAGUGUUAACGUAAUCAGUGUGAAUGCAACAGCCACGCCUACUCCCAAGCCGCCCACGCGCACUUUCACCUCAACCGAAUGCCAAACCGAUGAUCUAAGCAACCAACAGCAGCAGCAGCUGCAGCAGCAGCAACAAGAGCAGCAACAACAGUUGCGCACACGCGAGCAACGUCGACGUGAUCGACGCGAGCGACGCCAGCAACAGCAGCAGCAGCAACAGUUGCUGCCGCCGCAGCAUGCGCGUCGCCAUCAUAUGGAGCGUGCAGUGCCAGCGUUGCAUCCACCUCCCCAUUUGCAUCAUCCGCAUCCACAUCCACAUCCGGCGGCUUUGGGACUAGCGCGUGCGCUGCUGCCCGACAUUCUACACAGUCACUAUCCGCCGCCGUAUUGUGCAUUGCCCGCUGGUGCGCCCGGGCCAACAGUCUUGCCAGCAGCAGCAGCAGUAGCAGCAGCUGCGCCAACGCCGGCGCCACUGCCGGUGCCCAUGCUAACGCCCGUGAUAUCGACGGUGCCACUGCCCGGUGGUGCGCCACUAGCACCACUAAUGAACGAUGGACGCUUCACAUUGCCGUUGCCCAUUAUGCGCAGAUCUCCCUCGGAGCGUUCCGGCAAAGGCUGCUGCGGUCAGUGGUUCGCUGGGCCGCCGCUGCGCGCGCUCAUUGCUGUCGUCGCGCUGGGCGGCGUCGCUUGCGCCUUGGGUGGUGCUGCCUUGGGCGCCACUGGACUGGCCGGACCACCGAACUCGCAUCUAACAGCUGCGCUGCUAAUGAUUGGUGUUGGUGUAGUGCUGGUGACUGUUAGUGGCGCCGCUUGGCGCAUGACAGCGCCCGGUGGGCAAAGCUGCCUCGGACUCGGCACUAGCGUUGACCUGGGGCGCUGUGGACGGCGUCCUUGCACUCGCGGCGGUGGCGCACCCCAUGGACUGCUGUAUCCGGAGUUUCAGCAUCGCCCCCCGCCGCCCUCCUACCAAGCGAGCAUGCAGGAAUAUCGCUUGAGACUUUUGCUGCUGGACCGCGAUCGUCAGAACGGCGUAGUGCGUGGCAAUUCGCCGCCGCCCACGUAUCGAUCUCAUGCCGGCAGUUUAUUGAGAGCGCCUUUGACUACGCUGCGGCAAGGCAUGAGCAGCGCUGCUGCUGGCGGUGGAGCAGGUGGCACCAUAAGCAGCAGCAUGGGCGGCUCCGAGUAUAGCCUGCCGCCCAGUUAUCGCUCGAGAAAUGCAACGCCCGCUUCGCUAACUUUAAGCGAGCGCACCAUAGAGACGGCGCCGUCAGGACGUUUGCUGGCCAAUGAGGAUCUGCCGGAGCCGACAGUGGAGCAAUUACCCGACUACAGCGCAGUGCUGCAGUCAUCGAACACAUUGCUUACCUCGGCCAUUGUCGAAAUCGAGUCGAGAAAUCGCAGUCAAAGCCAAAGCCAAGAGAACAGUCCAACAACAACAGCAGCAGCAACAGGCACAAGCAAGGCCAAGGACCUGGUUACCAUUGUAACCAUUUCGCAAGCGAAUAGCAACAACAACAACAAUAGCAGGUCUACAACUACGCAGGCCAGUGCACUCGAUCAGAUCGAUAUAUUGGCGCAUCUGUAAUAAUUGCAUGGAGUACACUGCGGCGGUCGCUCACAGUUUGUAAAUUCUUGUUAAAAGUCUAUUCGAGCUGCCGCACGUUGCUCUCGCACUACAUUUACUUUAUUUUUUGUUACUAUUAAACACUCGUUAACCCAAAGGUAUUUAUUUGUACGAUACACGCAACUAAAACUAGCACUUUGCUCCUACAUUGUAUGUACUUUGUAUCUAUGUAAUGUACUUUAUGCUAAGAUCUAUACAUAUGCAUAUAGUAUAUAUAUGUAUGUUUGUUGUACUUGAAUGUGUUGAAUUUAUUUUUGUAAGCAUUAUGUAGCUAUAAACAAAUUACACACACACACACACACACACACACAUGUCAAAGUAUUAAGUUAUUCCAAAAAUGGGAUUUUCAAUUUCCCACCAAAAAAAAAAACAAAGCAACUAAAUAAUGCAAACUAAUUAUAGCAAGCAAACAAAACAAUGUUGUAUAUAAAACGAACUUUUGCGUGCAUUUCUAGCAAAGUGUGCUACCUCCCUUCCCUUCCCUUCCCUACCCCCCCUCACAUACUUAUAUAGGCAACCUUAUUGUAAAUUCGCAACGGAACGCUAACGGUGACAAAUUUUUGCGCGCAUUUUCGAAUUCAAUUUCGAAUACCGAACAUGUUUUCUGAAUGCGUUUCAAACAAGAAUAGUUAAAAGUAAUUGAAUGAUAAAAAAAAAACACAAGAA